AUGUGAAGAAGGGAGCUUCUAUCAUUGCCAUCUUCAAUUGUGGAACAAGUCAAAGGUCAUGGUUUGGCUGGAUCUUUUAAACUGGGAAAGAAUUACAAGGAACAGAAGAAAUGUGAUAGAACUAAAAAACAGACAACAAAGAGUCCUAGAAAGAGUCUGAAUAAAUUUUCUGAUGAAGAAAAACAUCAAUCAGAGAGCAAGGACACAGUUUCUGAAAAUAAGGAAGAAAAAUCCCUAUCAUCAAACAUCACUGAGGAAGAGCAUGAUUAUUGUGAGGUCAGUAGAGACCAUGGCAGACUGAGGAAAAAGCGGGAUCAACACUUGAAUGAAAAACAUCAGCCUAAAGCUAAAAAAUUAAGUAGAGCUGAUUUGCAAAGAUCCAGUGAUCCCCCAGGUGCUCCUGUUAUUGUCUCUAAAAGUGAACCAAACUCUGAAGAAGACAACAUGAAGGACCAGGUUCCUGAAUCUCAAGACCAUGCUGGUAGUGAGAUACCACAUGCUAAUUCCAUAAGUCCCUUCAAUACUUCUGACUAUCGUUUUGAGUGUAUUUGUGGAGAACUUGGCCUAGUAGACUAUAAAGCCCGUGUUCAGUGUCUAAAAUGCCACCUGUGGCAACACGCAGAAUGUGUGAACUACAAGGAGGAAAACUUGAAAAUUAAGCCUUUUUACUGUCCCCAUUGCCUAGUUGCAAUGAAACCAGUUUCCACAGGAGCAACUUUGAUUAUCUCUCCAAGCUCUAUCUGUCACCAAUGGGUGGAUGAAAUCAACAGGCAUGUGAGGUCAUCUUCUCUUCGAGUCUUGGUCUAUCAAGGGGUGAAGAAACAUGGCUUCUUGCAGCCUCAUAUGUUGGCAGAGCAAGAUGUAGUUAUCACCACCUAUGACGUCCUUCGCUCAGAAUUGAAUUAUGUAGAUAUCCCCCACAGCAAUAGUGAGGAUGGGCGACGAUUCCGGAAUCAGAAGCGUUAUAUGGCCAUACCCAGUCCCUUGGUAGCAGUUGAAUGGUGGAGAAUCUGUCUGGAUGAAGCUCAGAUGGUUGAGUGCACCACUGCAAAGGCUGCUGAAAUGGCUUUGCGCUUGAGUGGAAUCAAUCGCUGGUGUGUCAGUGGCACUCCAGUACAGAGAGGAUUAGAAGAUCUCUAUGGGUUAGUGCUCUUCCUUGGUGUUGAUCCAUAUUGGGUCAAACACUGGUGGGAUCAACUCCUGUAUCGUCCUUACUGCAGGAAAAAUCCUCAACCCCUCUACAACCUUAUUGCCAAAAUAAUGUGGAGGUCUGCAAAAAAGGAUGUAAUUGACCAAAUUCAGAUUCCCCCACAGACAGAAGAUGUACACUGGCUUCACUUUUCUCCAGUGGAGAGGCAUUUCUAUCACCGUCAGCAUGAGGUGUGUUGUCAGGAUGCCCUGGCAAAGCUUAGAAAGAUAUCUGAUUGGGCUCUGAAACUCAGCAGCCUUGACAGGAGGACCGUCACAUCUAUUCUCUACCCAUUGUUGAGACUCAGACAGGCUUGCUGCCACCCACAGGCUGUUCGAGGAGAAUUCUUGCCACUACAAAAAAGUACUAUGACCAUGGAAGAGUUGCUGACUUCACUGCAGAAGAAAUGUCGAACUGAAUGUGAAGAAGCACAUCGGCAACUGGUUUGUGCUCUUAAUGGCUUAGCUGGCAUCCAUAUCAUUAAAGAUGAGUAUCCCCAAGCAGUUGACCUAUACAGAGAAGUAUUACGUUCAUCUGAAGAACACAAAGACAAGCUCAAAACUGAUUCAUUACAAAGACUUCAUUCUACACACAACCUGAUGGAAUUGUUGCUAGCCAAGCACCCAGGAAUACCUCCUACCUUGAGAGAUGGCAAACUUGAGGAAGAGGCUGAACAACUUAGGCAGCAUUACAUGAGUAAAUCCAAUGCAGAAGUUGCAGAAGCCCAUCAAGCUUUGCAGCCUGUUUUGCAGAUCAUCCGGGAACUUCAGAGGAAGACACAUGCAGGCUCACCAUGGUGGCUGGAUGUAAUCCAAUCAGCAAUUCAAUAUGCUAUCGAUGAGGAACUCGUUCAGCGUGUGCAGAAUGAAAUAACCAGCAACUACAAGCAACAAACUAGUAAACUCUCCAUGGCAGAGAAGUUCCGGGACUGCAGAGGUCUUCAGUACUUGCUCACAACUCAAAUGGAAGAGCUGAAGAAAUUCCAAAAACUAGUGAGAGAGGCUGUGAAGAACCUAGAAGGGCCUCCUUCCCGUGAUGUCAUUGAAGCUGCCACAAUCUGCCACCUUCGACCUGUCAGGCUGCCUCUCAACAACUGUGUCUUUUGCAAAGCUGAUGAAUUGUUCACAGAAUAUGAGUCGAAGCUAUUCUCUCACACGGUGAAAGGCCAAACUGCAAUUUUUGAGGAGAUGAUAGAAGAUGAAGAAGGCCUGGUGGAUGAUCGGUUACCUACCACGAGUCGAGGACUUUGGGCAACAAGUGAAACAGAGCGUUCUUUGAAAGCAAUUCUGUCUUUUGCCAAAGCACACCGACUAGACCUCAGACUCAUUGAGGAAGGGAAUACUUCUAUGGAACUCUUCGAAGCAUGGAAGAAGGAAUAUAAGUUGCUUCAUGAAUAUUGGAUGGUUCUGAGGGAUCAUGUCUCUGCUAUUGACGAACUUGCAAUGGCUACAGAACGCCUAAGAGUGCGGCAUCCUGAUGAGCCAAAGCCCAAUCCACCUGUUCUUCACAUAAUUGAACCCCAUGAAGUGGAACAAAAUCGAGUCAAACUAUUGAAUGACAAGGCAGUUGCCAAAUCCCAGCUUCAGAAGAAACUUGGGCAGCUUCUCUACCUUACUAAUUUGGAAAAGUCUCAAGAUAAGACCACAGGAGGAGUAAAUCCAGAACCUUGUCCAAUCUGUGCUCGGCAGCUGGGGAAACAGUGGGCAGUACUGACCUGUGGUCACUGUUUUUGUAAUGAAUGCAUUGCCAUUAUCAUCGAGCAGUAUAGUGUGGGCACCCGCAGAAGCUCAAUUAAGUGUGCCAUCUGCCGACAGACAACUUCACAUAAAGAAAUCUCCUAUGUCUUCACUGCAGAGACAGCAAAUCAGGAAGAGGAUAUUCCUGUGAAGGGAAGCCAUUCUACAAAAGUAGAAGCUGUGGUCCGAACUCUAAAGAGAAUCCAGUUUAAAAAUCCAGGAGCCAAAUCACUUGUCUUCUCAACGUGGCAAGAUGUGCUAGACAUUAUUUCAAAAGCUCUGUAUGAUAACAACAUGGUAUUUGCACAAAUCAAUGGAAUUAACAGAUUUCAGGAGAACCUCUCAGCAUUUAAAUAUGAUCCCAAGAUCAAUAUUUUGCUGCUGCCCCUGCACACAGGGUCCAAUGGUUUAAAUAUCAUUGAAGCCACUCAUGUUCUCUUAGUGGAGCCUAUAUUGAAUCCUGCACAUGAGCUUCAGGCUAUUGGAAGAGUACACCGAAUUGGACAAACAAAGCCUACCAUUGUUCACAGAUUCCUAAUUAAAGCAACAAUUGAAGAAAGAAUGCAGGCGAUGUUGAAAACUGCUGAGAGGAGCCAUACUAGCUCAUCAAUGAAGCAAUCGGAGGCUUCAGUCUUGACAGUGGCUGAUCUUGCGGACCUAUUUACUGAAGAAACUGAAGAACUUGAAUGAACCAUACUUAACAUACAUUUAACUCAGAAAACUCAUGCAUUCACAGGCUUUAAAAAUAGAAUUUAGUACAAAUGAAGUCACGAGUCAUAAAUUCCAGUAGAUGUCACCCAACCAUAUUCUUAUGAUAGAUGAAGCUCCUUUUGGGUAUUUUCACCAUUCUCUUGUGGUGAGUGAAGCCCUUUCAAAUUACAGUUUCUAAAAGAACUAUAAAGACCUUUGGUACUAUACAUAAAAUUCAUUAUGGUCCCAAAGAAUAUCAGCAUAUAAUUUUGGAGAGAUGGGGUAAUGCUAUACUUUUCAGUAUGAUUAGUUAGAAUAAGAGGAAAGGCAUAAAAUAAGUGUGCAAACUAAUUUUUCUAGUUUAAAUUGGCCUAGAUUUGAAUCAACAUAAAUGUUCUUCAAGGCAGGAAGGGAUUCUAGUAUCUUUAUUAUGCAACUCACCGUUUCCUCUUAGUAAUAUUUUAAGUAAGUGGUGAAUUAUCCUAACUACUAACAUUUAAGUGGAUUUAAAACAUAACUUACAUAGAAAUUGCACAGUAAUUACAUGUGAACAGAACCCUUUGCAAUCAGUUGCUCAUGUUGAGUUUUUCCUUUUAUAUACAUCUUCCUCUUAAAAAUCAACACACUGAAAUCUAAGUAUUUUACACAUUUUUACAACCCCUUAAAUAAGACAUGUUGUUCAU